CCGCCGGAGCACUCGGGGACGCGCGGCCAUGGAGGGGAACCGCGACGAGGCGGAGAGGUGCGUGCGGAUCGCGCGCGAGGCCCUGGACGCCGGCGACCGCGACAAGGCCCAGCGCUUCCUGCACAAGGCCCAGAAGCUCUACCCGCUGCCCGCCGCCCGCGCGCUCCUGGAAAUUAUUCUGAAAAAUGGCAGCUCAGCUGGAAGCAGCCCUCAUUUCCGGAAACCAGCAGCAGGUGCAGAGCCCAGAAAGCCCAAGGGCGCCGAGGACAGUGUCCCUGGUGGUGAAGGUGGAAAAGGCUACACCAAGGACCAAGUGGAUGGGGUUCUCAGCAUAAACAAAUGUAGGAAUUACUAUGAAGUACUUGGAGUCACCAAAGAUGCUGGUGAUGAAGAUUUGAAAAAAGCUUAUAGGAAGUUGGCUUUGAAGUUUCAUCCAGACAAAAACCAUGCUCCUGGAGCAACAGAUGCCUUUAAAAAGAUUGGAAACGCAUAUGCUGUACUUAGCAAUCCUGAGAAGCGCAAGCAGUAUGACAUGACGGGGGGUGAGGAGCAGGCCUGCAACCAGGGCAAUGGCAGGUUCGACUUCCACAGGGGCUGUGAGGCCGACAUCACCCCUGAGGACCUGUUCAACAUCUUCUUCGGGGGCGGCUUCCCCUCAGGAACUGUCCAUUCGUUUUCCAACGGACGAGCUGGAUACAGCCACCAGCAUCAGCACCAACACAGUGGCCACGAGCGAGAAGAAGAAAGAGGAGAUGGAGGGUUUUCUGUGUUUAUCCAGCUGAUGCCCAUUAUUGUAUUGAUCCUCGUGUCCUUAUUAAGCCAAUUAAUGGUCUCCAAUCCUCCGUACUCCUUAUAUCCCAGAUCUGGAACAGGGCAAACUAUUAAAAUGCAAACAGAAAACUUGGGUGUCAUUUAUUAUGUCAACAAGGACUUCAAAAAUGAAUAUAAAGGAAUGUUAUUACAAAAAGUAGAAAAGAGUGUGGAGGAAGAUUAUGUGACUAACAUUCGAAAUAAUUGCUGGAAAGAGAGACAACAGAAGACAGACAUGCAGUAUGCAGCAAAGGUGUACCGGGACGAGCGACUCCGGAGGAAGGCAGAUGCCCUGAGCAUGGACAACUGCAAAGAGCUGGAGCGGCUGACCAGCAUCUACAAAGGAGGCUGAGGGGCAUGGGGCUCCUUGUUCCAAGUCCCCCAGUCAGCUGCACUGUGAGCGCUCACAGGAAAGGCCAGCUGGACACAACUACUGGUUCUUCAUGCCUGGAACUGUUUCUGACCUACUGACUCCUUUCAUUAGUAAGAAGCCGAACAGUGAAAUCAAUAUUUUAGUCAUGCCUCUGCUAUUAUUUCUCACUUUAACAGCUUAUAUGACUGUCUAAAACUAUCUCCGGCGACAACCAGGCUCCUGUUAGCCCUUCAGUUUUAGUGAUCUUCCACCUUCCCCCGUCCUGUAAAUACUUAUGGAAUGACCAUCUUGUGUACAUACAGUCUCUUUUUAAUUUAGAUUAUUUUAGUGUUUAGCUCCUUAAAAACACUUACGUUUAAAUUAAUGGAAUAAAUGUUUUAUGACUAAUUUGCAUUUUUGUCAGAUGUUGAAUGUGUGUUUAAACCAUGAAACUUUGAGAAGGAAAAACAAAAACUGUUUAACUAGUCUUAUUGCAUUAUCAGCCUAGAAGUAAUUGAUAUUUUUAUUAUUGCCAUUAUAUUCUAGAAUAUAUUAUUGAGAUAAAUGAACUGGUAUGUGUGCGAGCAGUUUGCUAUUUGCUCAGUCUUUAUAAAUUGCUAGCCUGUGCAUAGCAAUGAAGUGUUGGUACAGGGUGAAUGUGAGGAGGUCUAUAUUGACAGUGAACUGAGGGGUCUAAAAUUAAAUCACAUCAGUGCCAGAGAGAGGCCCCAAACAUUCACAUCUAAGCUGCUGCCAGCCUCCUUGCCUCCACUCCCCAUGGACAUUUACUGUUCUUGUUUUCGUUUGUUUUGGGGCCACACCAGGCAUCACUCAGGGGUUACUCUUGGCUCUGCACUCAGAAAUCACUCCUGGUGGUCUGGGGACCAUAUGGGAUGCCGGGAUUGAACCUGGGUCCGUCUCGGGUCAGCCACGUGCAAGGCAAAUGUCCAACUGCUGUGCAUAUCGCUCCAGCGCCCAUUCACUGUUCUUCUUAGGGAUGAUGUGAACAGGAUCCAAAAGUAAAUGGGCUUUCUACACUUAAAUAAGAUGUUCUCCUGUAGUGAAGCUUUGUGCCUUUAAUCUGCUCACCUGAGCCUUUGAGAGGAUGGACAACACAGUCCACAGCAGCUAGAGCUGGCUGGCUAUCCACAGCAGCCUCAGAUAGAAUUGCUUGCAUCAGGAGCUACAACUUCCUCCUCACUGAGGGUUCCCAUGAGUACUGUAGGAAUAAGCUACCUGCAGUUCAAUCCUAAUCUAAGUGCAAUGGAUCCAUGGGGAUGGAAGGGUUGGGUGCCUUUAUGUUGGGUAUGAAACUUUCGGAUUUCGGAUUUCUGUGUCCUGUGCUCAACAUUUGCUUUUUUUUUUUUUUCUUCAUAUUCAUGUAGUGGAAUGAGAACACAUCUCUGAUUACGUGUGCGCCAGUGUCUUGUGGAAUGGCUGUACAUUUUUAAUGUUUUCUGACUUUAUAGCAUCUGUUGAACACAUUGCUAACAUGACCAUUCUUUUUCAAAGGUUUUUUUUGGGGCCAGAAAGAUACAGAAGUUAUGUACUUGUCUUGCAUGAAGCUGACUCGUUAUAUUCCCAGCACUGCUGUGGUCCCCCUCAACCCUACCUGGAGUUAUUUGAGCUGAGAGCCAGGAGUCAGCCCUAGGCACUUUGGAGUUCAGCCCCAAACAAGACAAACAAAAAAGAUUUUCUUAUGUCCCCUAGUCCACAGUGAAAAGCCUAAUUGAAUUAGUAGGUUAAAUGAAAUGACACACUUGUUCUAGAAACACUGGACAACCAACCAGAUCUGUUUUAGAAAUGUGAUCUUAAAAACGAUGGCUAUGCUUAAAAAGAAAUAUAAUUUAAAGUAUUUUCUUGAGUCUGUAGAUAGAGUAUUAAAAAAAAAACCAAA